AUGCCCCACAGCAGUGCAGGGCGUCUUCGCCGCGGCAGCAGUAGCGGUCGUCGUGGACUUGUGAGGUCCGACGACGAUGAAGACGACAACUACAGCAACCAGUAUAGUUGGUCUCCGUCCCCAGUGCUCCAGUGGACUGAGUGGGGCCAGCAGUUCUCUGCUGGUCGCAAUGCGCACAAGAGGAACAACGGAUCGCCCGAACAUGGCCUCAUGGAUGCGGUGCGGGGAAAGGAGAAACAGACGACAGCAGAAAGUGAGGUGCAGCGUACGAGGGAGGUGCUGCUGCGCUAUAAGCGUUACGUGGAGGAGAGACUGAUGCGAUACAUACAGGAGCUAGAGGACAGAUGCGCACACCGCGGAAAGUUGUGUGAGCGCCUCAAACGGGACAACGCGUUGCUUCUCGAGGAACUCGAUCGCUGCCGCGCAGCACCGGCACCGGCACCGCCUUUGCGGAAGGUGGCGAAGAGUCCAAAUUACACAUCGCCGCUGAAGUUGCCGCAGACGUCUCUGCCCCACACUGUUGGAGUGUCGCAACGUGUGCGGGAGGAUGCGACACCGUCUGGACUGGAUAUGCUCCGCGCACGUGAGGAGGGGCUACUGCGCCAACUACAUGAGGAACGCGUGGCGCGUGAGAAGCUACAGGCUGCAUACGCUGAGAUACAGGAGAAAAUGCAGAAGCAGAUUGCACAUGACGAGGAUGAGCGGCGUAUCCGCGUUGAUGCGCAGAGUAUCCGGGACCUCCGCGAUGCAUUGGCGCGUCGUGACGAGGAGAUACGCCAUCUGCGCAGGCUGCACGGCUUCUCCAUCGCGGAACCGCUGGAAGGGGUGCCGUGGGAUGGGGAAGAGGGCGCCGUUGCGGAGUUUAGAGCGGCUGUGGGGGAUGCAGGGGAGUUCGUCGCCGCGAUGGAUGCGGCCACUGCCGCGUUUGUCGAUGCCGCUGCAGUGAAGGUUGAGAAUGACACGCCGUUCAAGAGGGUGGCACAGUUGUGGGAAGAGGUUGGUCGUCUUGCCGCCUCUCUUCCCUGUGAUGCCUCCGCUUCGUUGCAGCAGCCGCAGCUGCAGUUGCUUAUUUUUGCGCGUGCGCUGCGUUGCGCAGUCGAGCAGGAGCAUAACGAAAUGGCCCUCUUCGUGCGAAAACUUCUCGGCGAGCGCGACGAGUUGCGCGAGAGUAUCGCUCGUGAGCAACGUGAUCGCGCGGUGGAGCGGCAGGCCGCGGCGCAUCGUCUCCACGAGGUCGGGGAGGAGGGCGCCGCAUUGGCGCAGCAGCUACAGCAGCGUCUUGACUCGACCACCCAGCGCGCAACGUCAUGGAUGGGCCUAGACGUCCCAACGCUGCGGCAGCAACGCGAAUGCGGCGCACCACCUGCGGAAGUAGAGAGGUGUGACGCGGCGACGCAGACGCUUCUUUCUGUUGAGCUAUCUGGCUUCAUACUGAGCGGCCCAGCGACGCGCCUGAAUUCUCGUGACAGCAGUAAUGAACCUCUUUCCAGUGACCUCUGUCAGCUCCUGCGGGACAUGGAGGCCCUUGAAAGUGACAAUGCGGCAAAGGCGGCCCUCAUUGCUCAACUGCAGCAACAACGGGAACGGUUUUUGGGAAGUGUUGAUGCUGAAUUUGCGGUGAGUGUGCCCGCGCGCGCAACACUGACCGGCGCAUUUUGUCAGUAUCUACUUGAGUGA